AUUUGUUGUGUUGAAUGAAAAAGGGGUUUAUUUAAUACAAGUAGAUAAUAUUCUUGUAAAAUGAAAGAAAUGGCGAAUGAUUUAAGUGAAGAAUUUCCCAUAUGGGGUCUGGUACCGAAAAAAGAAACUGGUGUAUUAAAUUUUUUAACAAAGUAUCCAAAUUAUGAUGGACGUGAUACAGUGAUUGCAAUUUUGGAUUCUGGUGUUGAUCCAGCUGCCCCAGGUUUAACGGUUACUAGUACGGGUCAAACGAAAGUGAUUGAACGAUUUGAUUGCAGUGGAGCUGGAGAUGUUAAUAUAUCAACGGUUGUUACGGAUACAACGGGUGUUAUUCAAGGAUUAUCUGGUCGUAAUUUAAAGAUUCCAUCCACAUGGAAUAAUCCAUCCAAAGAAUAUCAUAUUGGUAUCAAAAAUGCAUACUCCCUAUAUCCAGAUAAAUUACGUGAACGCAUCGAAGAAGAUAACAAAGAGAAAAAUUGGAAACCUCAACAUCAAUCUGCAUUGGCUGAAGCUACACGAAAAUUACAAGAAUUCGAGGCAAAACAUAAUAGUACACAAUUAUCACCGAAGGAUAAGCUAGAGAAAGAAGAUUUAGAAGCACGCGUUGAUAUAUUAACGAAUUAUGAUAAAAAAUAUCAUGAUUUGGGACCUACAUACGAUUGUGUAGUGUUUUUUGAUGGGGAAACAUGGUGGGCGUGUAUUGAUACCACCGAUGAUGGUGAUCUAAGUAAAGUGCAAUUAUUAGGCGAAUAUUCAAAAACGCAUGAUCAUCGGUAUUUAACUGACGAAGAUCAAUUUACGAUUAGUAUCAAUAUACAUAAUAAUGGGAAUACGUUGGAAAUUGUUGGCAUGUGUUCUCCUCACGGUACACACGUUGCUUCGAUUACAUCUGCUUAUUUUCCUGAUAAUCCAGAAAAAAAUGGAGUUGCUCCUGGUGCCCAAAUCAUCUCAUUAACUAUAGGUGAUGCACGAUUACAAUCAAUGGAAACUGGUACCGCCCUUGUUCGCGCUAUUAUAAAACUAAUGGAAUUAACCAAAAAAUAUUCAGUUAAAGUUGUUAACAUGAGCUAUGGAGAACAUGCUCAUUGGGCCAAUUCUGGACGUAUUGGUGAACUAAUGAACGAAAUCGUAAAUACGUACGGUAUUAUAUGGGUAGCAUCUGCAGGUAAUCAUGGACCAGCACUAUGUACAGUAGGAUCACCCCCGGAUAUUAGUCAACCAACUAUCAUUGGAGUUGGUGCUUAUGUGUCGCCGGAAAUGAUGAUUGCUGAAUAUUCACUACGUCAAAAAUUACCCGGAAUGCCAUUCACAUGGUCGUCGUGUGGUCCAACAAUGGAUGGACAUAAUGGAGUAUCAAUAUGUGCCCCAGGCGCAGCUAUUACCUCUGUUUCAAUGUAUACAUUACGUAGCGCUCAAUUAAUGAAUGGUACAAGUAUGUCAUCUCCACAUGUAGCUGGUGCUGUCAGUAUACUGUUAUCUGGACUAAAACAAUUGGAUAUACCAUACUCGCCAUAUUCAGUGAAACGUACUUUAGAAAAUACUGCCCAAGUUUUAAGUGACACCGAGAGAUUUGCUCAAGGCUAUGGAUUACUUCAAGUUGAUCGUGCUUUUGAAUCGUUAAUCACCAAUCACAAAUGUCCAUGUCGUGAUAUUCGAUUAGAUGUCCUCGUUAACGGCACCGAUAAAGGAAUUCUAUUACGAAACGGUUUAUUAGAUCGUUGUAAAGAUUAUAAUAUUGUAGUAACACCAUUUUUCUUGGAUAAUCCGUCGAUAACCCCCGCAAUAAAAACAGCAUUUAGUGUACGGCUAGCAUUAACAUCAAGCGAAAAUUCGCAACAUAUUAAGUUUCCGCAAUAUUUAGACUUAGCAAAUAUGCAACGAGCAUUUUCAAUUCAAAUCGAUCCUACUGGUUUAAAACCUGGAGUUUAUUAUUCUACAAUCAAUGGAUAUGAUGUAAACUGUAUCGAAAAAGGUCCACUUUUACGUAUUCCAGUAACGAUAAUUAAACCCUUAGAAUUACUUGAUCCAAUUUAUAGACCACAAUUAGAAUGGAACGAUCAACUGUUUGUUCCGAAUACGAUCCGUCGAAUAUUUGUUAAAGUUCCCGAACAUGCUACAUGGGCGACGUUACGUUUUAAACCGGAUGAAAAAAAUAAAUUGGAACGUUUUGUAAUCCAUACAAUGCAGAUUCAACCAAAAUUAAGUUGCAAGGUCCUAGAAAGUCAAGGAUAUUGGAAUAUUGGUGCUUUAAAUGAAAAUGUUCAUAAUUUUAAAGUGAAAGGUGGUCUUAUUUUGGAAGUAACGAUUGCAAAAUAUUGGGCAAGCAUUGGAGAUGUUAAACUUAAUUACACAUUAACGUUCCAAGGUGUUAAACCAAAUAAUUCGUCGAUUGUUAUGCAUGGAGCUGAUGGUGUAACAAUGUUACAAUUACGUACAAUGCGUAACGAAGAAAUUUUACCAGUGGUUACGCUUAAAAAUAGUGUACAUCCGUUGAGACCGGUUGAAUCGAAGAUUAAUGUACUGACAAAUCGUGAUAUUAUUUUACCUGAACGGCAAAUUUAUGAACUUGUUUUAACGUACAAUUUUCAUGUUAGUAAACAAACCGAAGUGUUACCGAAUUGUUGUACACUGAGUGAUAUGUUAUAUGAAUCCGAAUUUGAAUCACAAUUAUGGUUUAUUUAUGAUAGUAAUAAACAAUUGAUGGCUGUUGGAGACGCGUAUCCAUCAAAGUAUACUCCAAAAUUGGAGAAAGGCGAUUACACAUUAAAAUUACAAAUUCGUCAUGAUAAAAAAGACUUAUUAGAAAGUUACACCGAUUUACCAAUGUCUAUAUCACAAAAAUUACCAAAUUCAAUCACGCUAGAUGUGUACGCGUCAAAAACAUUAGCUCUACUUCAUGGGAAAAAAAUUACAGCAACUACGUGCCCACCUGGUCAAAUUUAUCCAAUUUAUAUUAGUGCACUUUCUACGGAAAAAACAUCAAAAAUAGCGAAUUGUGGACAAUAUUUAUCUGGUGUUAUUACAUUUACAAAAGAUGAAGCGGGUAAAAAAGUUGAUACGUAUAGUUUUCGAUAUAUUUUACCGGAACCGACGAAGAAGAACAAUGGAAAACCUGUUGAUAAAGAAAAAACUAAACAUGAAGAAUAUUUGGAUGCGUUACGUGAUUUACGUGUGUCGUGGUUGGCCAAAUUAGAGGGAAGUCCAGAAGCAUAUAAACUAUAUGCACAAAUGAAAGAAGAACACUCAAAUCAUUGCACAAUUCAUACAUCUAUGUUACAAAGUAUCGAUGCAUUGGACACAAAACGUCAAGCACCAUCCUUACCAGUCACAUCGUUGGAAUUAACAAAUGAAGAACUAGAAUUAUUUGAAAAAAUUUUAACAAUAUGUGACGAAUUGAUUUGUAGUAUUGAUCAAACCAAAUUAUUAGCAUACUAUGGCAUGAAAUCGGAUACAAGACCUGAUGCGGCAAAAAUUAAAAGUGAAAUGGAUCGACAAAAAAGUGCAAUAAUAGAAGCAUAUGCUCGUAAAGGUAUUAUUUUAUGCAAGCAAUACUGUAACCUGUCAACUAAUGAAAAAACUGCUAUUUUGGAAAAAAUUAAAACCAUUUGGGAUGAUCUAUUAAAAUACGUUGAACCUACUGACUCGAAGGUAAUAUUCUUUUCGAUGUGGCAUGCUGCAGUGUUAGGUCAUUUUGGAAGAUUAUUAAAGUAUAUGUUAAAAUACGCCGAAGAUAAAUCCAGUAAAGAAUUAGACCAAAAAUUAUUAACGGUGUUAGAAACAUUAAAUUGGAAUCAUGCUGUCCGUUAUGUGGGACGAUCAAUACACACAAAGUUCCCACCAUCAUAUUCUAUUUUUUAAUUAAAAACAAAUUAAACAAACAAACAAAAAGUUCAUAAUAGUUUUUAAAUUAACUAAAGCAGACUGCAGACGUUCAGUGUUUUUAUUCUUAAUCAAUAUUCUUACACCAAAUAUUGAACACGGACUCCAAAAAUUAUUGAAAAAGUAAUAUAGAAUAGUUAAAAGGAUAAAAAUAUUGAAACGUCUAUGUACAGCUUAAAAUAAUGUACAAAUAAUUUUGUUUUGUCUUAUUCACGGAUAAAAAAUUAUUGUAAUAAUAAUAAAUGAUUAAGGAACUGUACUUAAAUUACGUAACGCAUUUAUAACGACUUUUCAACCCCUACCCCUCCUAUGUAAAAGAUUAUAACAAAAUAUUGAAAUCCCCCCUCCCUUUGUUUUGUACGUAAUUUUUCUCUCCUUUGAACUUUAGAGCAUUAUUAUGAUUAAAAAUCUUUUAAUGGAUAAUAAAGAAUUUGUCUGUUUUUAGUAAUCUCUUAAUACCAAAAAAGGCCGCAAAAAAAAAUAUUAAUAAUUAUUAAUAUCAAAAUAUUAAAAGUAAGCUACAGUCAAGUCAAGCGCACGAAGUUUAAUGUUGAUAAUUACGCACAAGCGUUGAUGGGCCCCUUCCACCGUACCAUAACAAAUAGUAAUAUUAUGAUUGACCCCUUAAUCCACUUAAAUUUGUUCCGUAAUUUAAGUACAGCCCCUAAGUAGUCGAGUCAAUGGAACUUUUUUUUUUAAAUGUAAGAGAAUUGGGUUGUUGAAU